CACGUCCCGGUGCCCCCUCUGCGGCAGCCGCGCCUAGCGGAGUGCCGCAGCGCAGCCCGGGUGCCGCUCGCUGCUUGCCGCGGCAGGCGCCGCCCUCGCAGGCUGUGUGCCGGCCCUGCGCGGCUGCGGGCGCCGCCGCACCCCUGAACUCUGGAUCGGUGUGCGGUGCGGCAUGGGAUAAGACGCGGCCAUGGUGCGCCGAGAUCGCCUCCGCAGGAUGAGGGAGUGGUGGGUGCAGGUGGGGCUAUUGGCAGUACCCCUGCUUGCAGCCUAUCUGCACAUCCCGCCCCCCCAGCUUUCCCCUGCUCUUCACUCAUGGAAGUCGUCAGGCAAGUUUUUCACCUACAAGGGACUGCGCAUCUUCUACCAAGACUCUGUGGGUGUGGUUGGAAGUCCGGAGAUAGUCGUGCUUUUACAUGGCUUCCCAACAUCCAGCUAUGAUUGGUACAAGAUCUGGGAAGGUCUGACGCUGAGGUUUCAUCGAGUGAUUGCCCUCGAUUUCUUAGGCUUUGGCUUCAGUGACAAACCGAGACCACAUCACUACUCCAUAUUUGAGCAGGCCAGCAUCGUGGAGGCGCUUUUGCGGCAUCUGGGGCUCCAGAACCGCCGGAUCAACCUUUUGUCUCAUGAUUAUGGAGACAUUGUUGCUCAAGAGCUGCUCUAUAGGUUCAAGCAGAAUCGAUCUGGUCGGCUUACCAUAAAGAGUCUCUGUCUGUCAAAUGGAGGCAUAUUUCCUGAGACUCACCGUCCUCUCCUUCUCCAAAAGCUUCUCAAAGAUGGAGGCAUGCUGUCACCUAUUCUCACACGAUUGAUGAACUUCUUUGUAUUCUCGCGAGGUCUCACCCCAGUCUUUGGGCCAUACACCCGACCCUCUGAGAGUGAGCUGUGGGACAUGUGGGCAGGGAUACGCAACAAUGAUGGGAACUUGGUUAUCGACAGCCUCUUACAGUACAUCAAUCAGAGGAAGAAGUUUAGAAGACGCUGGGUGGGAGCGCUUGCCUCUGUAACUAUUCCCAUUCAUUUUAUCUACGGGCCCUUGGAUCCGGUGAAUCCCUAUCCGGAGUUUUUGGAGCUGUACAGGAAAACGCUGCCGCGGUCCACAGUGUCGAUUCUGGAUGACCACAUUAGCCACUACCCACAGCUAGAGGAUCCCAUGGGCUUCUUGAAUGCAUAUAUGGGCUUCAUCAACUCCUUCUGAGCUGGAAAGAGUAGCUUCCCUGUAUCACCUCCCCUCCUCCCCUAUCUGUCGUGUAUUCCAUUUAGGAAGAAAUGCCCAAAAGAGGUCCUGGCCCCCCCCCCACUUAUUCUCUCACAAAAGUCCACCUGACUCCCAUUGGUGAACAGCAUAGAGUAAAAAGCCAGCAGAAGCGCCGACUAAGGGUGACCUAAUAGUCCACCUCCCAUUCCGUUGGCAUCUCGUCAAGUGUAUGGCCUUGCCUUUGUGUUAUUAGGAAAUUCUGACAAGCACUACUACUCACUGAUGCAGACAGACAGACAUCCUUUUGCAUAAGAAUCCUUUAACACUUCUACAGCCUCUUCUGAAAUAUUUAGAAGUGCUAAUCUUUGGCCCGAACCGUAAUUGAACUCGAAUAGGAAAGAAGGAGGAGAAGGUGCUGCCCCACCGCUCCUUGUAUGGCUUUAAGGGCACGUGCUUUUUUAAGUUUUCUAGGCAGCACAGCUUCAAGUGAGUGAGUUUCUCUUGUCAUAACUUUGGAUUUAGUUUCAUUAGCUGCUUCUAAUUAGACAUUGUGUUAAGCUAGAUUUAAAUAGUUCAUUAUUCUAGGUAUACUUUAUGAUUAUGAUUUACCUAUACGUAUUACUUAUAUUUUAUAAGAUACUAAACCAGCCGACACUCUGGCAGAGUAGUAACCUUACUGAACAUAUUUAACUUCUGUAUAAGUUGAACUAAAUCCAAAACUAUUUACAGAAUUUCCUAAAAUCACAAGACACGAAAGACCAGUAGCAUCUAUACCAGAGAUUUCCUGUUAUUCGCUGCAAAGACCAAUUCUAACAGCAAGUAACAGUCUGACUCUUCAUACCUCAGUGCUUCAAAGCACGUCCCUCCCGAGCGAAAGUGGAGGGGAGGGGACCAUUGUACAGUCCAAGUUACCAUGCCGAGUGUACACUGAUUCCUUCUGGGGACUGCUUAACUUCUCACUGGCUGUCCCAGAGAGCCUGCCUCACGUAGCUCCACAAUUCCUGUACUUUAUAGACAGGAAAGGUCCAGAAACUUUAAGAACAAAUUCUGAAAGGCCUAUGAGCAAAUGGUGCUGAAUACUUUUUUAACGCCAGUUUCAUUAUUUUAGACAAAACAGGAUUAUUAAGUGAUCAUUUUAAAUUCUUUUUUCUUUUUUUUUUAAUUAGCAACUUCAAGUAUAACAACUGAAAGUGGAAUAAGUGUUUAUUUUCUAUUAAUAAAAAUGACUUUUGACAAAAGUGGACUCUGCCUUCCCCUCCCCCACCACCCCUCUGGGAUAAAAGCUUUCCGACAUUGUCAGGAGCUUUCAGACACACAUUCAAUUAAAGAAUAUAAUGAAGUUAAGCAGCUGGGGUAGAGGCUAGUAUUUGCUUGUCAAGAUCACCCAAAGCUGUACUAUCACGCCAAAGUUGACCAAAAAAAAAAAAAAA